CGUUUCUGACAGCAGCGUGCUUUUGUUAACAGCCCUCUCUCGUGUCGACAUUUGUUGCUACAAGUUUGUUCGUGAUUUUGGUGAUUUUGCGAUAGUUAUCUGCAUGUGGAAGUGCUCGAUUUGCAUUAAUUUCAUUCAAAAUUUGCGUGCAAACAUUUUCCAUUGAAUAAUCCAUACAUUGGGAACUGCGGACAACUAUUUGAGGUGCCAGGUUGGAGACAAAAACUCUCAAGGAAUGGCACGUAAUAAGAAACCGAGACGGAACAUUGGUGUGCACAAAAUGCCCGGAAAAGUGACCGGACGCUCGCCGCGGUUCAUCGGCAAACCAAAAUUGCGCGAAGGGGGACCGAUCAGCGAACGGAAGAAGAAGAUGCGCGACAAGGCUAGGGAAGUUAAGCGAUUGAAGCAGCUCCGCGAACGAAUUAUGUUAGAGCGUAAAUCGGAACCCAGGAAAAGCCCUCUUUCCCGGAAACAGAUCCUAUACCCACCGAUAUCUCCCCGUCGAGCUGCGGACAGAGGAAUGCCAUCCACCUCGAAACUAACGCCUCGAAGGCGCAACCGUAACCGGAAGCAACCGCUGAAACCCUCCAACAGUGACACGAUAGUGAUAGACUCCGAAGACGACUGCAGCAAUCAGCCGCUGUUCUACGUGGACACUACCGCCGGAUUCAACGACAAGGAAGUGCCACGAUACGUAAAGAAUGUACAGGGGGCGGAGGAUCCAAGCGUGAUGAUCGUUGAAGAAAGUGCUUUGGAAGAAGGCGAGAUCAGGGACGAGGAUGAGGAAGAUAAAAAAGAGGAAUCAAAUAGCAUGAACAAAAGAGUCAACCUAGAGGAAAUUCCUAUCGAUGAAGAUGAGGAUGAUGACCAGAACGACGACGAUGAUGUGGUGGAUUGUGAUGCAGUAACUGUGCCAAAACCUAAACAGAUUGAAGACCGAUCGGUGAUAUUUUGUUCGGAGGUGAUCGAUCUGGUGGGCGAUGAUUCUACUCAAAAGAAGCGCAACGAACAGAUGGAUUACAUACCGAUAGGGUUUGAUGUGGAGCCUGAUGGUAGAAAUCAAGGAAGGUUCAAUCGGUCACCGAGGAAAAAGUUGUUCAAGGGUCUGGAAAAGAAGCAGAACAAGUUGACUAAUAAACCAGCUCAAAAUAAAAAGCAGAAAGAUGAGAACGUUGAGGCAGCGCCUAAAGAGAAAGGCGAAGACAGUAGUAGUGAUACUCCGAAGAAGAGAUUCGUUGUCAUCGAUGGAAAUAAUGUGGCAUUUGCGCACACACAUGGCCAGGCGUUCUCCGUCAAAGGACUGGAUAUUUGCAUACAAUAUUUCAAAAAACUAGGGCAUGAAGUAAAAGCGGUAGUUCCACAAUUCAGACUGAAAAAGGAGAAAUCCACCGACCAACGUCUCCUUGAAGAAUUGUACAAAAAGGGUGACAUUCUUUUGGCGCCCAGCAAAAACCUCCCCGGUCAAAAAUCGUCCUCCUACGAUGACCGGUUGAUCAUCUCCGUGGCGGAAAAGUUCGAUGGGGUCAUCAUCUCCAACGACAACUUUCGGGACCUGAUGGAGGAAAAUGAUUCUUGGAAAAAGAUCAUCGAAACGCGAGUUGCUGGCUACACGUGGGUGAUGGAUGCUUUCUUUUUGCCGGAUGAUCCGUACGGCCGCAAGGGUCCGAGUUUAACGGAUAUGUUGCAACCGAAAGCCAAGGUUGACGCCACCGCCAAAGAUAAGUAGAGCCAUCUCACAGUUUUUUUUUUCUUUUCGUUUCGUUGUCCAUUUGUUUUCUUUUCUAGAGAUGCCUUUUUAGUUUUUAUACAAAGGUUGUUAAUAUUUAUUACUAAAUACUAUUACAGUUCUACACAAUCAAAUCACUUUUGCUUAGGGAAUAAAACAAAAAAAUAAUAUAAAGCAAACGGAA